AUGGGACGUGGGAAAGGUCGCGCAAAAGGCAUUGAUGUGACGAAGCACUUCUUCCAGCCGUCAGGCCCGGCAAACCGCAUAUCGGUGCAGAUAACGGCGUCGCACACUAUUCAUGUGGGCGAAGAGGACCUUAGUCCGACGCAGGGCAGCGAGGCUGCCUUCGCUCUCAAGCGCGAAGGGAGAAUGGAGGGCCCAAUGAAGCUGUGCACCAACUGGAGGCAAGGCGCCUGCCAUAGUCACGCAGCAUGCACCAAUGCUCACGUGGCAGCGUACUUUAACAGCCCAACGCUGCCGUUGUUAGGUGGCGUCAAUACCGCCUCCACCCCAGUGGGGAGCCCUGUGCAGCUGUCGCGAGAGGACGGAAGCCAGUCUACCUCGCCGCAGCGCUUGCAGCAGCAGCACCCCCACCCCCACCACCACCAGCAACAACAACAGCAGCAUAGUAGCUAUCAGCAGCAGCACCACCACCACUAUCAGCAGCAAACGCAACAGUUAAAUAAUCCCUCGGCAGACCCCGCUCGUGGUACGGAUCAUAAGGGCCCCGUCACAUCUACUCACAGUACCCUUAUUCCGGCGCCGAGGAGUCAGCAGGCCAGCCGACAGGCUGCCUCCCUUAGUGGCUCCGCUGUCACUAUGAAUCCGCAAAGCGGUGGCACAUCGUGGAGCCGAAAUGUAGCGGUAAAUAGCAGCCAGCAGGGGAACAGCAGCAACAUCAGUCACCACCAGCAACAACCACAUCAUGAUUUAACGAGACAGCAGCACAGCGCAACUCAAUGUAGAGGAGGAUGGGUUGGACAUGUGGUCCCCGAUGAUGAUAAUAGAACCGCGGCCAACGUUGUGGUAGCCGAUACAGUGAUGGAUGCUGUGUCGCACAAGCACCUGGGUAAGAACAUAGGAGGACGAAAGGAGAUUCACAGCAGCACCAUCAAUACCGGGCCCGUCUCCUCGAGCCGGGGUGGUGUGCCCCAAUUUACACAAUCGGAGAGUCUCGCAGGAGCCCUUGGUGAUGAUGCUUGGGUGAGCUCAACGCUGAGCCACUCCAACGCGACUGCAAGCAUUUGGGGCGACGCCGGUACGGCUAUCUGGGACCUCCCACCCCCGGAUGUGCCGACGACAACGGUUGGGCUUGGAACUGCUAGCGUGACAGCAGAAGGAUCGGCGCUCUUUUCAGGGCCUGAACUAAACACAACAAGCUUGGUGCCUUCACGUGGGGAGUUGUGGGUACCCUUCACGGCUGGUAGCGGUGAGACUGCGGUGAGUAGCAGCAAGGUGGGCGCCGCGCCAAAUUCCCCCGAGACGCUGACGAGCCAGCUGCUGCGGUCGCUAGUCGGGGAGGACGGGGCGACCGGCAAGCCGCAGCCGGCACAGCAGCAGGAGCAGCAGCAGCAGCAGCAGAGCGGCCUGACCGCGAACAGCAACCGGUUGUCUGUCGGUGCUUCUAUCUGCCCAGUGGAAAGCAGGAAUGCGUCUGAGCUCCUUAGCCUGCUGGGCGGCACUGCCGGUGGCAUAAGCAGCUCAUCGACCACGCCGAAUCGGAGCGUCAACACCAUUCACAUUCAGCACCUCAUGUCACUGCUCACCACAGAAUAG